AGACCCUGUAUUUCUGCGUCGUCUUUCGAGCUGGAUCGAUCUGUGAGGGUCCUGAGGCUCGAAGUCGGGCGCAAAAAUCGCGACACCAAGAUCUCAGGGUAGGGUCGACAACUUUCUCCUCCUCCCCCGCCACCCAGGCGCCAGCGCCCAGGGCCAAGCUGCUGCGAGAUGGCGUCCUGGCGGCUCGCCCUCGCGGCGGCCGCUGCCGCCGCCGCGGCGAGUGCCUCGGUCCCGGGAGCGCCGGCGCGCGAGCUCGGCGGCUCGCAGGACAGCAGGGGCAUCAUCGACGUCGCCUGCGUGGUCAGCCUGCUCGGGUCGGUCUGCCUGCUGGCGUACUUUGCCCGCGUCAAGGGCGGCCUCUGCAGUUUCUUCCUGUCGGCGCCCAGGCCGAGGGCGCAGCCCGCACCCACGGUGCUGGGGAAGCCCCUGGGCAAGGAGCUGUUCGACGAGCUCUUUCCGCCGACGGCGGCUGAGGACCAGCCGAACUGCGUCGUGUGCCUGCAGACCGUGGGGCACGGCGAGUUCUGCCGCCGCCUGGAGUGCGAUCACGCGUUCCACCCUGGCUGCAUCGACGGCUGGUGGCGGCGGGCGGGGGACGCCAGUCUAAGGUGCCCCGUCUGCAGGCGGACCAACGCCCCUCCCGAGGCCGAGGCCAUUUGA